AAUCGAAAUAAAUAAAAAUAAAAAUUAACAACAGUUUCGAAUCAUGUGCCUUAUCCUCUCCCUCGGCUGCUGCGGCUGCUCCUCCCCGAAGCCCUGCCACAAGAACAGCAAGAAGCAACAACAGAAGCAACAGCAGCAGGAGCAGCACUUGCAGCACCAGCCGAAGAACUACCACUCGGAUAUCCAGCUGAACGAGCUAUCGCCGGAGCUGUCCUCGAUCAACUGCCAGGUGACCACCAGUCAGCCUUCGCUGAGUCCCAGCCUCAGUCCCAGUUUGACGGCUCUGCCCCACAGGAUCGCCACGUCGAGCACCCUGAGCUCAUGGGCCGGCGAGGAGGAGCUCUGCGAUAUGGAGGACUACGACAGUCGCAUGCCCACCCGUUGGACAGCCUGGUGGCUCAAAGGUGCCGCCGUUGAGGGUGAUAGGAAGGCCUGCCACUCCACCUCGAUCGUAUCCUAACUUCGACCUCCUCGAACUUCGAGCCAAAAGAAUUCCUGUUUAAUUGAAAUUACAUUAAUACAUUUAUGGAAGUUCUCGAAAAAACGAUAAAGCUUUUAAAA